CCCCUUUAGGGUGGACCGUCUCAGACAGACGAUGAGCCCCCCAGGCGCCUGGGGGCGCGCUACGUGGGUGCUGUUCUGGGGUCUCCUGGCCUCAGCCCUGGCGCUCGGGUGCCGAUGCUGGUCCUCCGCGAGCCGGGGUCCGCUGCAGUGUCCCCUCCAUGCGCAACCUUCUUCAGAUCCCCUCUCGGCUGCCGGGGACCCGCCAGGCCUGGACACCCCUCCCAGACUGAGCAGAACACGGCCCAAGAGAACCCGGCAGGACUUGCUGUAUAUGAUUUGGCCCAAUAGGGAAAGCUCUCACUUGACGACUGUGGUGGAGGCAUCACUUGGAACGCAAUUCAACAAGGAAAUUGAGGUCUUUAACCCACUCCCAACUUCGGCAGCAUCCAGUGGAUUGUGGACUCAUUCCUUAUUUGCCUUUAUACCCUCAUGGCCCAAGAAGACCUUGUUUAAAAGAGAGUCUCCUGCAACCCAGCACCUGUAUGGAGACAUUUCAAGAGAACUUCGAGGGACUUCUGAGAAUGGAGUGAUUUUUCAGAAAUGUGCCCUGGUGUCUGGGCAGAGUGCAUCACAGACAGCACAUGUACAGCUUCUCGUCAAUAACACCAAGACACCCCUGUCUGCCAACCUCUCAGAUCUGCUCCUGCUCGACAACAUCACUGGCCUCACGAUCAGGGCGUCAGUCGGAAACAAGACCUCAGAAGGACUCCAGACCUUUAGGAAGAAGUUUCUGCAAGUUGGGGACUUCUACCUGGUCAGCUACACUGCCUCGCUCCAGACCAGAGAUGGAGACAUCAGGAAUGGGGACAGCCUCAUGCUUCCUGCCCAGCUCACCUUUCAGAGCUUAUCACUGAACAGAACACAGCUGAAAGCCCUUUUUACCAUAACAACAGAAGAAAAAGUAAUGGUGCUACCAGACCACGGUCUUCAUGCAGCAGGGUUCUUCACAGCCUUCCUCCUCUCCCUCAUGCUGACCUGGCUCGUGCUUUUCUUCAUGGUUCGAUGUCAGUGCCUGCAGGGAUACAUGCUUACCCGAUGUGGGGUUCGACCUCAUGAGAGCAAGCUGGAACCUUCGCCGUUCACCUCAGCAGAUGGUGUGAAUGAGGACCUUUCCCUUAAUGACCAGAUGAUAGAAAUCUUGUCUUCUGAGGACCCUGGGAGCAUGCUGCAAGCCUUAGAAGAGUUGGAGAUUGCAACCCUCAAUCGGGCAGAUGCAGAUCUAGAGGCUUGUAGAAUGCAAAUCAGCAAGGAUAUUAUUGUCCUUCUACUUAAAAAUCUGACCAGUAAUGGCCACCUCUCGCCCCAAGCAGAAAGGAGGUUGGGCUCUGUUUUUAAGAAGCAGUUUCUGUUGCUGGAAAAUGAAAUACAAGAGGAGUAUGACCGAAAGAUGUUGGCACUGACAGCUGAAUGUGACCUUGAAACAAGAAAGAAGACAGAAAACCAGUACCAGCGGGAGAUGGUGGCAAUGGAGGAAAUGGAAGAGUUGCUGAAACGUGUUAGCGAGAGGUCUGCUGUGGAGUGCAGCAACCUUCUGAGGACCCUCCAUGGCCUGGAACUGGAGCACUUGAGGAGGUCUCUAGCUUUGCAACGAGAGGAAGAUUUUGCCAAGGCUCACAGGCAGCUGGCUGUUUUCCAGAGAAACGAACUGCACAAUAUCUUCUUUACCCAGAUAAGAAGUGCUAUUUUCAAAGGAGAACUAAAACCAGAGGCGGCCAAAAUGGUCCUACAAAAUUAUUCUGAAAUACAGGAAAAUGUAGAAGAGUUGAUGGACUUUUUCCAAGCUAGUAAGAGGUAUCAUCUCAGUAAAAGAUUUGGCCACAGGGAAUACCUGGUCCAGAACCUACAGUCAUCAGAGACCCGUGUACAAGGCCUUCUAAAUGCUGCCGCAGCUCAGUUGACCCUCCUCAUCCAAAAACAUGAGAGAGCAGGGUACUUGGAUGAAGAUCAAAUGCAGGUGCUAUUGGAGCGGGCUCAGACAGAAGUCUUCUCUGUGAAACAGAAGUUGGACAAUGACUUAAAGCAGGAGAAGAAAAAACUCCAUCAGAAAUUAAUAAUUAAGAGAAGACGAGAAUUGCUGCAAAAGCACAAGGAGCAGCGGAAGGAGCAGCUGUCCAUUGGGGAGACCUUCCGAGCAACUGAAGAUGUGACCGAGUACCUGCACCAGUGGAGGAGCAUGAUGGCUGAGCACAGCGCCACCCUGGAGGAACUGCAGGAGCGUCUGGACCAAGCUGCCCUGGACGAUCUCCGGGCCCUGACCUUGUCUCUAUCUGAGAAGGCCACUGAUGAGUUGCGGCGCCUCCAGAACUCAGGGAUGACCCAGGAGCUGCUCAAACGCAGUGUUCCCUGGCUGUUCCUGCAGCAGAUCCUGGAGGAGCACAGCAAGGAGAUGGCUGCACGGGCUGAGCAGCUGGAGGGCGAGGAGAGGGAUAGGGACCAGGAGGGUGUCCAGAGCGUGAGGCAGAGACUGAAGGAUGAUGCACUAGAGACUUCAACAGAGGAGCAGGCGGAGCUGAGACGCUGGGAGCACUUAAUCUUCAUGACGCUCUGCUCCUCCGUCUUCUGCAUGUCUGAAGAGGAGCUGCUCAGGAUGAGGCAGGAGGUUCAUGGCUGCUUUGCUCAGAUGGACAGGAGCUUGGCCUUCCCCAAAAUCCGGUCCCGAGUCCUGCUGCAGCAAUUUAGGACUGCUUGGCGAGAAACCGAGUUCCUGAAACUGGACCAGGCCCUGGCUGCCCCCGAGCUGCAGCAACAGUCCAAGGCGAGAAAGCCACGGUCCAAGAGUAAAAGCAAGAUAGACCUUUUGAAGAAGUGCAUCGAAGAUAAAAUCCACCUCUGUGAGGAGCAGGCCCCUGAAGACCUGGGUGAAAAGGUCCGAGGAGAAUUACUGCGGGAGAGAGUGCAGCAGCUGGAGGCCCAGGAAGGACGCUUCGCCGAGUCGCUGGUUGCUCUGCAGUUCCAGAAGGCGGCCCGGGUGACAGAGACCCUGUCUGCAUACACUGCCCUCCUCAGCAUCCAGGACUUGCUCCUUGAGGAGCUGAGUGUGACGGAGACCCUCACCAAGUCAGCCUGCACUCAGAUCCUGGAGUCACACAAUCCGGAUCUCCAGGAGUUGGAAAGGAAGCUGGAGGACCAGCUGGCCCAGCAGGAGGCAGCCCAGCAGCAGCAGGCCCUAGAGAGCUGGCAGCAGUGGGUGGCCGAUGGGCCUGGGCUGCUGAAUGAGCCUGGAGAGAUGGAACCUGAAAGGCAGAUCUCUGCGGUCCUGCGGCAAGCCCUGAGCAAGGGACAGAAGUUACUGGAGCAACAUGAGCAAAGUUUGAGAGAGGAGCAACAGAACAGUGUCAUCUUGGAAGAUUUGCUAGAAAAUAUGGAAAUGGACACCUUUGUGGCCCUGUGCAGCCAGGAGCUGAGAUUGGCAUCUUACCUCUCAAAGAUGACGAUGGCACCUGGGGCCACGCUGCGCCGGCUCCUCAGUGUCUUGCUGCCUACAGCCUCCCAGCCCCAGCUACUGGCCCUGCUGGGAUCAGUCAGUGACAGACAUUCGGACCACACUGUAGAGAAUGAGGGCAGCGGGGAGCAGACUGACCCAGGCAGGAGGAGAAAACACCAGAGCUGGUGGCAAGCCUUCGAAAGCAAACUACGAGGAGAUCUGAUAAGCAGAGGAUCGGAAAAGAUGCUCUGGGCUCGCACGAGGAAGGAGAGCAUAUUAAAGAAGACAUGUCUCCCUCUCAGAGAGAAAAUGUUAUUCUCUGGAAAAGGAAGUUGGCCACACCUGUCCCUGGAGCCCAUUGGCGAACUGGCCCCUGUACCUAUUGUAGGGGCAGAAACUAUUGACAUAUUAACUACAGGAGAAAAGCUCUUUAUAUUCAGAAACCCAAAAGAGCCAGAGAUCUCAUUGCACAUUCCUUCCAGAAAAAAGAAGAAGAAUUUCCUGAAUACCAAAAAGGCCACCAGGGCCAUGGGCAAGGACUAGCCCAAGGGAAAACCCCACGGGAGCAUCUGAAGACAGAAAGAUUAUUUUCUUCUGCCCACCUGUGUGUGUUUAUAAUGUACUUGCACUACAUAAAUUGCACAUGCGUAAGACACAGGCACCCCUGACACACAUUGAUUUUCAUGGACUCAGUUUAAUUGGAAUUUCCAGAUAGCCCACUCUCUUCUGCAUCAGAGAGAUUUGAACACCUAUUUCUUUAAAUCUGCAGGAAAUUCCUGCCCCCCCCCCGCCCUCCCCCCCCCCCUCCCCCCUUCAUAUCUCACCAUCUGCUCAUGUCAAUUACAGGCUGUGUGUCAAAGGCAAAGUCCCCUGUUCUUAUGGUUUACAUUUGUUCCAUAUUCUAUUUUAUAAAGGAACCUCUUAAAAAUAAAUGUU